GAGCGUGAGCGGGAGGCCGAGCCGGGGGAGCGGCUCUCGUAGCUCCCCCGGGCUCCGGACCUCUCUGGAAGGAAAGCGUUACUGCCGCUGCCUGGCGCCUGAAGUCAUCAUGAUGGCUGUGACCUAAAUUCCUUCAGGAAUCCCCGGGGUCAUGGCCCAGCAGCACCCCGGGGAAAGGAAGUUGUACAGGGCACCUCACAGUGGCUCUCCAGUUUGGACUUCAGGGCCCACUGUGGGCCCCGACAAACUUUCAUUCUCAGGAUUUGGGGACUCAGUGGAGGCUGCACCCAAUGGUACCUAUUGCCUUACAAGACAUUCUUGUUCCACAAACACACUUCCUCAAAGCCCCACCCACCAAUUGGAUCCAAGCCAGGGUGCUUCGAGAGACCCAGGACCCUCUGGGGAGGGAGAAGAUCUCGAUCAGACUGAAGCAUCUUCAGAUGAAGAAACAGGAGUGGACAAGGAGCUUUCAAGGGACAAUGGGGCUGGAGAUCUGGAGGACAGAGAUUCUUCCAUCCCAACUAUUCCACCAGUAUGUAAUUGUCAGGGAGCUCCCAUUGUUCCUGAGGGGCCUUUUUCUGAGGGGGGAGAUGGCUCAUGUAAUAACUUUUGCACCUGCUGCGCCUCCCCAGCCCUGGGAGAAGAUGAAGAUGAUGAAGGGCCCCCAAGGGUUCCCAGGGAUCCUUCUCCUGUGCUCAGUGGAAGGAAGCCUCCCCCCAGAAGGCAGCGGCAUCGCCUACCAACCAAAGAGGAGCUUCGGGAGGGUGGUCGAAGGGACUCUCGGCCCUUUGGUCGACACCGGCCUGGCCGGAAACGGAGCCAGACAGACCGGCGGUGGUGUUUGGUGGUGUGGGGAUCGGAGGAACUGUACCGACUUGGACAGAAGGGCUUCUGGUGGCUGAUUGAGUUGCUGGAGUUAGUGGGGGAGUAUGUGGAAACUGGUGGGCACCUCAUCUAUUCUUGUGGACAGCUAAGGGGCAGUGAUCUGGACCUGCUUCGAAUAUGGGUGGGAAACUGGGCUGGUCAGUUGGGGAGCUGGGCCCAGGUGGGGUUCCUGUGUCUGUGCCGGGGACUUUGCUCCGGGGCAGGGCUUCUUUCCCAUCUGCUUCGACUCUUGUGUGCUGUGCUCCUUUUGGCCCUGGCCUUGCUGUUGGGCUUUCUUCAGUUGAGCUGGAGAGUUUUGGUGUUUGUGGGAGACCGAUUGGGCUGGCGGGUUCAGGCCACCUGGCUCUUCUCCAGGUUGGAUUCCCCUACUGUGUACCGCCUUUGGACUCAUUUCAAAUCGAGCAGGACAUGGCAACAGUUGGUGAGGCUGGUGCAGCGGGGUUGGCUGGAGGGACCCUGGGUCAAGCAGAGGACCAACAGGCAAGGGGAUGGGUCAACAUCUAGUGGGCGAUAUUACCAACCUGGAGAGGAGGUGGCUCGGCUCUUGGCUAUGGCUGGGAUCCCGGAAGAUGAACUAAAUCCCUUCCAGGUGCUAGGGGUAGAAACCACAGCAUCGGAUAUAGAACUGAAGAAGGCAUAUCGGCAACUGGCAGUGAUGGUUCAUCCUGACAAGAACCACCACCCCAGGGCUGAAGAGGCCUUCAAGGUGUUGCGGGCUGCCUGGGAUAUUGUCAGCAAUCCUGAGAGACGGAAGGAAUAUGAGAUGAAACGAAUGGCAGAGAGUGAGCUGAGCAGGUCAGUGAAUGAAUUUCUGUCCAAGCUGCAGGAUGAACUCAAGGAAGCCAUGAAUACUAUGAUGUGCAGCCGAUGUCAAGGAAAGCAUAGGAGGUUUGAAAUGAAUCGAGAGUCUCAGUAUGCCCGAUAUUGUGCUGAGUGCAACAAGAUGCAUCCUGCUGAGGAAGGUGACUUCUGGGCAGAAUCAAGCAUGUUGGGCCUCAAGAUCACUUAUUUUGCCAUGAUGGAUGGAAAAAUAUAUGAUAUCACAGAAUGGGCUGGAUGCCAGCGUGUGGGAAUCUCUCCAGAUACCCACAGAGUCCCCUAUCACAUCUCAUUUGGGUCCCGGAUUCCUGGUCCUGGUGGGAGGCAGAGAGCCACUCCAGAUGCCCCUCCUGCUUCAGUUGCUGACCUCCAGGAUUUCUUCAGCCGGAUCUUUCAGGUUCCUCCAGGGCAGAUGCCCAAUGGAAAUUUCUUUGCAGCUUCUCAAUAUGGGGGACCUGGGGCCACCCCACCUUCCAGGCCAGACAGUUCCACAGCACCCAAAGGUUCAGAAGCCAAACCGAAGCGUCGGAAAAAAGUGAGGAGGCCCUUCCAGCGCUGAUGCCCUGUCUCUUCCUUUUCUCCGCCUUCCCCAGCUCAGUGUCAGGGAGUCAUAAGGGCUGUGUACAGCAUAGGAUGGAAUUUGUUUUGUUUUGUUUUUUUAAUUUUCAGUAUUUAAAAAGUUUCAAGCAUUUAACUGUUCACUCAGUGACUUGUGGGAAGCCACUGAAUCCCCACUCUGGGAACUUAAGAACUGAACCUUGUUAGAGACCAAUACCAAAGAAAUAGUGGGGUGGUUGGAAAGAAGGGCCCUGUGCCUAGACCAUUUCUAGGAUUGGGAUUGAUGAAUAUUUUAUGGGGGUCAGAACUCUCUGAGGGUUAGGGGGGGAUUUUUAUAUUACAUUGUCCUCCUUCUGAAGGCCAAGGUGACACUCAUUCUGCUGUGAACUUGGGCCUUUGUUUCUGGGCCCUCUCCUCUAUUCUCCAGGUUGGGAGACAGAGUAGAGGAGGCAGGUAGCCCUUAUGUUCAGGGGUGGGUAAAAGCCCAGGACCAUUCAGGGAAUGGGAAUGCUGCCUCUUUUUAUUCUGUGGAUCCUACCUAACCUCAGGCUUGUUUCUGCAGGGAUGGCCGAUUUGACAAUUUUUUUUUUUUUUUAAAGCAGAUUCAAGUCCCCAUGCCCUCAGCUGGGUAGGAGGCAGAAAAAAAAACAAAAAACAACCAAGUUUGGUGGUGGUGGUGGGUUAUCCCUAGCUAUCCCUAUGUAAUCAAAGGGUUUUUUUUUAAGUUUGUUCAUAUUUGUAUGUACGUAUCUAUUUAAAGCCAGGGGAUUUACCUUUCUAUAAAUAUAACUGGCAAGCUAUGCCUA